UGCGACUCUACUCGGAACCAGUCGCUAUCUCCCACAACGUAGUGGAGUGUUCGUUUGUGUUUCUGGAUAUUUUUGUAUACAUAUUUCCACUUGGCACUAUCAUAUCAACAACAUUGAGGUGAAAUGAAACUGAGAGGCUUUUAUAGAUACUCUGUUUCAAAAAGACUCGACGCAUUGUGAAACCCUGAAGCUGGUUCAUUUACGAAACAGCGUGAAUUAAUUAAAACAUCACAGAAUGAGAUUAAAGACUUUUAACCGAAGAUUGCAAGAUUUUAUGGGUAUAUGCAAUCAAUGAGUUCCGUAUUUACAUGUAGUAAUAAACAUUUAUUGAGUGAUUUCAAUCAAUUUCAAUGAGAAUUACGAGUAAGAGUGGAACAUGACAAAAUGAGUGUCAACGGAGCUGCCAGGUCAUGGAAUGAAGAGACACUACUCAAUGGAACUUAACAUUUUCGUGUUUCUUUUUCUUUCCCAUCAAGGUGCAGCUCACACAAAGAGAUACCUAAUGAAUGACGUCAUGCAAGAGACACCCACACCGGGGGCAGGACCUACAUUUGACACUUCUGUUCCGGGAAAUCUGACCGGCCUGGUCGGUAAGACAGCCUAUCUCAACUGCCGUGUCAAGAACCUGGGCAACAGAACUGUGUCAUGGGUGAGGCAUAGAGACAUACACCUACUCACUGUAGGCAGAUACACAUACACUAGUGACCAGAGGUUCGAGUCUGUCCACUCUCCUCACACAGAGGACUGGACUCUUAGGAUACGCUACCCGCAGAAAGAGGAUUCGGGGACGUACGAGUGUCAGAUCAGCACUACUCCCCCAGUAGGUCAUCCCGUCUAUCUCAGCAUUGUUGAACCAACAACAGAGAUAAUUGGAGGGCCGGAAAUGUAUAUAAACAUUGGGAGCACAAUAAAUUUGACCUGCGUAGUCUCGUUUGCUCCUGAGCCACCGCCUACUGUAUUAUGGCGGCACAACAGGAAGCUGAUUAACUUCGAGAACAGUCGAGGUGGCAUCAGCUUGGUGACGGAGAAGGGGGUGGUGACUCGGAGCCGACUCCUCAUACAGAAGGCGGACAAAGCGGACAAUGGAAUCUACUCCUGUGAUCCUUCAACAGCUGCGGCUGCUACUAUACACGUCCACAUACUGAAUGGUGAACACCCCGCCGCCAUGCACCACGGUCACGGCAGCAGUCACCUGGGCCCGCCCAUGCUAGCCGCCUUCCUGCUCCCGAUCCUGACCAACAUCUUCGUGAACGGGCUCGUGCUGUGAGUGACAACGUAGUGCUGAUGCAGGUGAACACCCCGCCGCCAUGCACCACGGUCACGGCAACAGUCACCUGGGCCCGCCCAUGCUGGCCGCCUUCCUGCUCCCGAUCCUCACCAACAUCUUCGUGAACGGGCUCGUGCUGUGAGUGACAACGUAGUGCUGAUGCAGGUGAACACCCCGCCGCCAUGCACCACGGUCACGGCAACAGUCACCUGGGCCCGCCCAUGCUGGCCGCCUUCCUGCUCCCGAUCCUCACCAACAUCUUCGUGAACGGGCUCGUGCUGUGAGUGACAACGUAGUGCUGAUGCAGGUGAACACCCCGCCGCCAUGCACCACGGUCACGGCAACAGUCACCUGGGCCCGCCCAUGCUGGCCGCCUUCUUGCUCCCGAUCCUCACCAACAUCUUCGUGAACGGGCUCGUGCUGUGAGUGACAACGUAGUGUUGAUGCAGGUGAAUACCCCGCCGCCAUGCACCACGGUCACGGCAGCAGUCAUCUGGGCCCGCCCAUGCUGGCCGCCUUCCUGCUCCCGAUCCUUACCAACAUCUUCGUGAAUGUACUCGUGCUGUCAGUGACAACGUAGUGCUGUGUCAAGUGAUUUGUGUCAUAUCCUGAACCUCAUGACUUACCAGUUGUGGUUAACGUUUAAAAAUAUGAAAUUAAGUUGUUUGUACAAUAAAUUAAAUGUAAAACUC